AUGGACUUUCCUCCGCGUGCGCAUCCUGGACCUGCCGAGGAUCAGCUACUAGUGUUGCACGGCGACCAUAAGUCCUCCUUUGUAUGGGAGGGACAACUAUCGAUGCAGGCUCUCCGCCUCAGGAAACCCGACGAUUUGUGGGAGUUCAUCGUGGAGCAUCAUUUUCAUGCCCGCGUAGUCGUGCGCCUACAGGCUACGGGCUUCUAUACGAUUUUGGAGCUUGGACGGAUGCAGCUUGAUUGGUCUCUCAUCACGGCCUUGGUAGAGCGGUGGCAAUCGGAGACGCACACUUUUCAUUUGUCCACUCGAGAGGCCACCAUCACGCUGGAGGAUGUUCAUGUUUUGUACGGGCUGCGCGUAGAUGGACGGGUUGUGGCACUGCCCGAAUACAUUAGAUCCAUGACGCGUGCGCAGUUUUUGGAUAUUAUGGGGCAGUUUACUGGUUAUACACCUCAGGGUGAUGCUGGGGGCAGUCGCGUUGCUUUUUCAGCCAUCAGAGAUCAUAUGGCUGUUUUGCACCCAGACAUUACCGGUGAGAUGGAGGAUCUCCAUAUUGAGAGGUACACGCGGUUGGCGUUGCUCCUGUUUUUUGGGUGUGUCUUGUUCCCGAACACUUCGGGGAGUCUCGUGAGUAUUCGCUUUCUCCAUCAUCUUCAGCAGCUGGAUGAUUUACCCAGUACAGCUGGGGUGCUGCUAUUCUCGCAUACAUGUAUAGGAGCAUGUGCCGGUCGAGCAUGGGCCCAGCGGUGA